AAGCCGGGCAUGACGCUGACCUUCUCGCCUGCCAAGGUGACAGCGGAAGUAAAGUCUAUCGAGAUGCACCACCAAGGUUUGGAUGCUGCGCUGCCAGGCCACAAUGUGGGCUUCAACAUCAAGAAUGUGUCGGUCAAGAACCUGCGGCGCGGCGACGUCGCCGGCGACGCCCAGCACGAUCCGCCCUCUGACGUCAGCAGCUUCGAUGCGCAGGUGAUCAUCCUCAACCACCCGGGUCGGAUCAAAGCGGGCUAUUCCCCGGUGCUGGACUGCCACACGGCGCACGUGACAUGCCGCUUCGCAGAGCUCAAGGAGAAGCUGGACCGACGCACGGGCACCAAAGUGGAGGACCGGCCCCAGCUGCUGAUCUCGGGUGACGCGGCCAAUGUCAAACUGGUGCCCCUCAAGCCCAUGUGCGUGGAGAGCUUCUUCACAUACCCGCCACUCG